AUGCCUAAAAGACGUCGCGGCGGGUCUCCCCCUCCCUUCAGAAUGAAUGCACAGGAGUUGCUCGAAUGGAUCGGGCCAGUUUUGAGGAGGGUCGCUGCUUAUCUUCCUCCCCAAAUGAUCGUUCCCAUGGUCCCGGGUUAUGGGCCGACCCCUGUGCGCCAGCCAGCCCCUCCGGCAGCACCCCUUCCGUCAGAAGUCAAGCGAUUGAAACGACGGGCUCCAUUUCUGUGCCGUUCAGCCAAACGGCUUACCCUCGACGAGCUCAAUGCUCAGGCACUUUCAGCGACUUCUCCUCCUGCUCGCCACCCAAGGCUGGGAGCUCUCGGGAAGGUCUCGACCAAGCUCCACCAGCUUCAACUGCAAGCCAAGCCGGGCCAUCGCGCCGAAGCGGGAGACGUGAUCGACAUGACCCAUACUUUCGAAGCCGACGCACCAGAGGUGGAGGAGCCUGAAUUCAAAACAUAA